AUGUCGAUUGAAGCAAAAGAUGAAAAUGUAUUUGAAAUAGUUUGGCUUGGAAAAUCAUCAGAUAAAAUAAUAUCAGAAAUGAAUAUUAGAAAUAAAUUUACAGAUGAUAAUCAAUUAAAAGAAUAUAUUAUUGAUAAAAACGAUUGUUCAAUAAUUGUUAUACUAUCGAGUAGUAUAUCAUUCGAUAUUAAAUCUUUAAUUCAAUAUCCACAAAUCUGUGCUAUUUAUGAUGAAAAAUUUGUUUGUUUGUAUUGUUUACCUCGAAUGAUAUCAUCAAUUGAUAUAUAUUUGAAAAAUCAACAACAAGAUAAAAUAAAAAAGAAAUGUGAACAAUCAUAUUUAUCUAAUAUAUUGUCGAUUGUUGGAAAGUAUUGGUUUCUUAUUGGUUUACUUAUAUCAAUAUUACUAGGAUAUUGUUUUCCAAAUGUUGGAAAAACAGGUGGUUAUAUUCGUUCAGAAUGGACUGUUAAAUAUGGUUGUAUUAUCUUUAUUUUCUUUCUUAGUGGUUUAUCUCUUCAAACAAGACAACUUACUAAAGAAAUAUUUCAUAUUCGUCUUCAUCUUUUUAUUCAAGUCUAUAGUUUUAUUAUAAUUCCAUUUCUAGUUUAUGCUUUAUCAUUAUUGUUAUCAAGAACAUCUAUGAACAAAAUAUUGAUAUUUGGUAUCAUUAUAAUGGCUUCAAUGUCAACAACAGGUUCUAGUAAUGUUAUUAUGACAAAAAAUGCAUUGGGAAAUGAAUAUGCUGCAUUAUUAAAUGCAAUAGUUGGCAAUAUUUUAGGUACUUUUAUUUCACCAGCUCUUCUAUUUGUUUUUAUGAAAAAUCCAAUAUUUGAUUUAUUAUCAAAAUCAAUUUAUGAACAAGAUAGAUUAAAUUAUAGUCAUGUUAUUAAAAAAUUAAGUUUAAUUAUAUUGCUUCCUUUAUUUCUUGGACAAAUAAUUCAUUUAUUAUGGACUAAAAAAAUAAUAUAUUUACGAGAUAAAUUUUAUUUUUCUCAAUUGAAUAGUGUAGCUUUAUUAAUUGUUGUAUGGUCAGUAUUUUCUACGGCUUUUUCCAAUCAAUCAUUUCAAACGAUGCAUAAAAAAGAUCUUCUCAUAUUAAUUCUUAUUGAUGCUUUCAUUUAUAUAUUAUUUUCAUUAUUAAUUUUUCUUAUAGCCAGACUACCUAUUCGAUAUUGGCAAUUCUCGGAAAAAGAUACUGUUGCAAUCUUGUUUUGUGCUUCUAUGAAAAGUUUAGCUAUGGGAAUUUCAUUAAUUAAUGCUUUAUAUGAUAAACAAUAUUCACAUAUAACUAGUCUACUUCCAUUACCAUUGAUUAUAUAUCAUGCUCUACAAUUAAUAAUAGGUGCUAUUCAGGGUAUAUUAUUGAAAAAUUGGAUCGAAAAAAAAUUCAAAAAAAAAUCAACAAAAACAUUAAAAGAUAAGAAUUAUAUUCAAUCUACCUAUGAAGAUAAGUUUAAAACAGACGAAUCCCAAACAAUAAAUGUAACAUGUUAG